CCCGUGCAUAUUCAUAGGCAUAUAUUCAUGUCCAACAGCAAAUAGCUCAACCCCUCUAGGCUCGAUUAGCGCUCAGCCUGCCCGUUCAGUGUCAUUCGUUUUUUCCGAUUUCUGAUCGUAUAAUAAUCUGCAGUGUGUUUCGCUGCCUCAAAACCGCUUUCUCUCCUUACUCUGUCCAAGACGCAUUUGGCCUCGCCAUAUAAUUUUCGGCAUACUUGGUCUCGAACACCUCGGCCUUCCAUUUGCGCCAAUAUGUCGGGCCUUAACACUACUGCGGAAUAUGAAUUCAAGAAGCAAUUGACCUAUGGGUGUCAUGCAAAGAUCGAUGGCUACGGCACAUCGUAUGGCUACGUUCCCUCGCUAGCUGCCGGCAUUGUAUUCUGUGUCCUCUUCGGUCUGUCGAUGUUGCUUCACACAUUGCAGCUGGUGUGGAAGAGGACCUGGUGGUGCGCUGUCUUCGUUCUUGGAUGUAUCACGGAAGUCCUGGGCUGGGCAGCACGUACCUGGUCUGCUGAAUGCCCAUACAAUGGAACCGCCUUUCUCAUGCAAAUCUCUACCUUGAUCAUCGCCCCCACUUUCUUUACCGCCGGGAUCUACGUGCUCCUGGGCCGUUUCAUCCACCUGUUGGGGCCCGAGACCUCAAUUUUGAGACCAAAACUCUAUCUCUGGAUCUUCGUCACUUGCGAUAUCAUUUCAUUGGUCGUCCAGGCUGUGGGAGGUGGCAUGGCGUCGAUGGAAGUAAACAAGGUCAACGGCGAUACUGCUCCAGGCACACACACUAUGGUCGCCGGUAUCGUCUUCCAGCUCGCGUCUAUCACGGUCUUUGUUUUCCUCGCCGCUGAUUUCGUCCGUCGCACUCUCCGUAUGCGGAUCCUGCAAACCAUGACUGGCACGAUCAUCCCUCUUCUCGGCGCGAUGAUCUUCUCUGUCCUCUGCAUCUACAUUCGGAGUAUCUAUCGAACCAUCGAGCUGUCGCAGGGGUGGUCUGGCUACUUGAUCACGCACGAGCGGUACUUCAUCGUUCUGGACGGUAUUAUGAUGGUCCUAGCGGUUGGUGUGUUCAACAUCUUCCAUCCAGGAUGGCUGCUGCCUAAGAACGAAGUCAAGCCGUUCCACCGCGAGAUCUACUCUCCUGACGGGGUGGCUAGUGGAAUGGAGAUGCGGUAACUUUCUCGCUUCUCAUCUUUCCUAAAUUUUAUUCAGACAUAUAUCAUCGACCCCAUUUCAACUUUCUUAUCUUAUUUCCAACGCCAUGAAAGCGAGCCCACGUGCUUUGCCUCUGGUUUCUGGUAUGUCAACGCAGCGUUUAAAAAAUUGAUAGAUGGAUUGGAGUGUGGCACUAUGCAAUUAGCUUUUUCCUUUUCAACUUUAAUGAACUAGAUGAUUC